AUGGAGAACCUCGAAAUACUACGCCCCGUUGGCCGAUUGGAACAAUAUUCAACGUCGCGCCACCAGGUUGGGUUUUAUUUGAAUGCUGCAGUAUCAGCAACUUAUUUCCUGCCAGAUUCAUUCGUGCUUCCUGUCAAAGACUACGUCUAUCAGGCAUGCGAGGCCACAACCGCGGAACAUCCGUCGCUAUCCGCCGUCGUGGCAGAUGAUCACACACAAGACCCUUACUUCGUGCGGCUGCCAGAAAUUGAUCUCGACCGAGUUGUAUCUUUUCAGGACAGAAAACCAGGCUUGUUAAGUACCGAAGUCGAUGGCGAGCCCACUCCAGAUCUGGACCUGCAAACCUUGCUUGCGACCCAGCAUAACACGCCGUUCAAGGCUCCAAAUCCUUUCUGGAGAGUCUGUGUCCUGCUAGAUAUAGAGGACGAACGGCAAUUCACAGUGGCAUUUGUAUAUCACCACGCCAUUGGCGAUGGGACCUCCGGGAAAGCCUUUCAUAAAACCUUCCUACGAGCCCUAGGCGCAGUGGAGUCGUCGGACCAGACUAAAUCCAUCAUCAAGUCACCGAAGCUCCCUCUCCUGCCGAAUAUUGAGCAUCUGCACUCAAUGUCUCUUUCCUUGUCAUUUCUUGCCAAGAAGAUGUUCCAAGCAAAAAUUUACUCCCGACGGCCCACGGGUCUAUGGACUGGCUCCAAAGUCCUAAUCCCCUCUCAAACCCGAGUGCGGCUCGUGCCAUUCUCCAAACUACUCAUCAGCACAGUAAGGGAAAAAUGUCGACAAGAGGGGACGACGAUCACCGCACUGCUACAGACGAUCGUCGCCCGCUCCGUCUUUGCGCACAUCCCGUCUGAGUUCACGCUGCUCGCCUGCACCGGCGCGCUCUCAAGCCGGCGCUGGCUUCCAGAUGUUAUCACUGAUGAGUCGAUGGGCGUCUGGGUCCAGGACUACGAAGAGACCUAUUCCCGUGCGGCAGUCGCGCGGUCCGACGGAUCCUUCCCAUGGGCAGAGGCCAGACGGUCUCGUAAGACGAUUGAGUCUGUCCUGAAAAUGGAAGGGAAAAAUGCCAACACAAGCCUACUCCAGUUUGUCGACGAUUUUCAGGAGGAACUGUGUUUGUCCAAGGUUGGCAAGGACCGAGAGAAGAGCUUUGAGGUGUCGAAUGUUGGCGUUUUGGAUCCGCAAACAGACCCUGACCUACCUUCUAUCAAGAGGAUGGUGUUUUCACAAUGUGCCAGUGUAAUGGGUAAUGCCAUUGAGGUGUCAGCUAUCACUGGGGGAGACGGGUGUUUGGUGCUGGCUUUCUCUUGGCAGCAAGGGGUUGUGGAAGCUGAUCUCGUCAAUGAGGUCAUUGAGUCGACUAAACAGGAGUUAUAUUCUCUUGAUGUGGUGUGA